UUUCAUCUUCUAUGCUCAUGCCCUUCGCUCUCCUCUCCUAAACAAAGAGGAAAAAAAAGAAACAUCUUUGGAGAUCAAGAGAGAGAAGGGCAUCCCAAAGUUUUUGUUCAUCUGAAAGGGAGGUGGGAAAUUUGAUCAAAAUGAAGAUGGGUGAGAAUCAGGCUUUUGGAAUUUCCGCCGACGUGAUUCCCCAAGGCGGUUCGAAGUGCUUUGACGACGAUGGCCGGCUCAAGCGAACCGGGACUGUUUGGACAGCGAGUGCUCACAUAAUUACAGCCGUCAUCGGCUCCGGAGUUCUGUCGCUGGCUUGGGCGACGGCUCAGCUCGGCUGGGUCGCCGGUCCGGCGGUUAUGUUCUUGUUUUCCUUAGUUACUUACUACACUUCCAUUCUUCUCUCCGCCUGUUACCGCUCCGGCGACCCUGUCUCCGGCAAGCGAAACUACACUUACAUGGACGCCGUUCAGGCCAACCUCGGUGGGCUGAAUGUGAAGCUAUGUGGGCUUGUUCAAUAUCUGAAUCUUGUUGGAGUGGCAAUUGGGUACACAAUUGCCUCAGCCAUAAGCAUGAUGGCGAUUAAGAGGUCGAACUGCUUCCACGCUAGUGGUGGGAAAGAUCCUUGUAAAAUUAAUAGCAAUCCGUAUAUGAUUGCUUUUGGUAUUAUAGAGAUAAUAUUCUCUCAAAUUCCGGAUUUUGAUCAGCUAUGGUGGCUCUCCAUAGUUGCUGCUGUCAUGUCUUUUACAUACUCAACAAUUGGACUUGGGCUUGGAAUUGCUCAAGUUGCAGGAGCUGGAAAAAUCAGAGGCAGUUUGACUGGAAUUGGCAUUGGCACUGUGACUCAAACCGAUAAAGUGUGGAGGAGCUUCCAAGCUCUUGGGGACAUUGCUUUUGCAUAUUCGUACUCGAUCAUCCUGAUCGAAAUUCAGGAUACUGUUAGAUCCCCUCCUUCAGAAGCCAAGACGAUGAAGAAGGCCACUUUGGUGAGUGUAUCGGUGACGACGCUCUUCUAUAUGCUUUGCGGUUGUGCGGGAUACGCCGCGUUCGGGGACUUGUCACCCGGAAAUCUCCUCACCGGGUUCGGGUUCUACAACCCUUACUGGCUGCUUGACAUAGCCAAUGCUGCCAUUGUCAUCCAUCUUGUUGGUGCCUACCAAGUCUACUGCCAACCCCUCUUUGCCUUCUUGGAGAAGUAUGCUUCAGAAAAGUUUCCUGAUAGUCCAUUCAUCACCAAAGAUAUCGAGGUCCCGAUCCCCGGGUUCCGCCCCUACAAACUCAACCUCUUCCGGUUGGUUUGGAGGACGGUGUUCGUGAUCAUCACGACCCUCAUCUCGAUGCUUCUUCCCUUCUUCAACGACGUCGUUGGCCUCCUCGGUGCUCUCGGAUUCUGGCCUCUCACUGUUUACUUCCCCGUUGAGAUGUACAUUGCGCAAAAGAAGAUACCGAACUGGAGUUCGAGAUGGUUGUGCCUACAAAUAUUAAGCUUUGCCUGCCUCGUGAUAUCGGUAGCAGCAGCGGUCGGAUCGGUCGCCGGGAUUGUUCUAGAUCUAAAGUCCUACAAGCCCUUUGGCACAAUUUAUUGAUCCUGAUAAAUAGAGGGAUUUAUAAUGGGAACUCAUCACAGUCACAGUUACUGAACUCAAGGGGCUGCAAUGAAUGGAAGAGGGCUGGUCAAAAACAAAAAGCCAUUUAAUUUUUAAUUCAAGUUCUUCAUUAGGGAAAAAAAAAGGCUUCAAACGCUGAAGCUUCUCUUCUCUGUUGGUUAUUUUUACUGGUUUUUCCAAGAAAUAGAUGGGAUCAUGAAUGUACAUGUUCAAAUUAUAUCAUGUUUCUAUUUCACAAUGCAAAAAUGAACAAAUUUCAACUCAAUGAGUAAUUUAGAAGCCAUUGUUUUGCUUA